GUGGUGGAGAAGAAGCGGGGGGCCGACUCUCGGACAGUGAACACUGCGGUACAUGCGACAGCCGCUCAGCCCAUGAACGCGUUCCUCCCGACAGCGGCGACGACACGGAGGAAAACAGUCGUGUGUCCGUGGCAGAGUGAAGCGGUGGAGACGAGCCCGACGCACCCGGAGAACCGUGACUUCUUCUCGGCGCCGCACCAACCGAGCUGUGUUUGGCAUUUGUGGACUGCAGAGGAUCAGCACAUGAACCAGCUCUCCCUGUGAUUACUCUGUGGAACGGUUUUUUUUUACGAUCGCAGACGUCACACACCAGAGCCAAAGGUGCAGCGGGGGCGAGGCUGCUCUCGGGUCAGAACAAACCUGUCGCCAUGGAUGUGGAUGAGGAGGAGAAUAUGAGUUCAAGCAGCACCGAUGUUAAGGAAAACCGAAACCUGGACAACGUGUCCUGCAAAGAUGGGCAAGGAGUGGCUGAACAGCUGCCUAAUGGAAGCGGGCUGAGCAGUCGAAAGCGCCCCCUAGAGGAGGGCAACAAUGGGCACACACACUCAAAGUUCCGGGCAAAGAAGCGCAAGAAAACACCGGGGCCGGUCCUGCCCAAGAAUGCGCUGAUGCAGCUGAACGAAAUCAAACCGGGUCUCCAGUACAAACUGCUGUCUCAAACAGGACCGGUCCAUGCACCAGUUUUUGUAAUGACUGUGGAGGUCAAUGGACAGAUGUUUGAGGGCAUGGGCCCCACAAAGAAGAAGGCUAAACUGAAUGCAGCCGAGAAGGCACUGCGUUCCUUCGUCCAGUUCCCCAAUGCUUCUGAGGCCCACCUGGCCAUGGGUCGAACCCUGACCGUGAACACAGACUUUACAUCUGACCAAGCGGACUUCCCAGACAUGCUCUUCAACGGCUUUGAGACCCCCGCUGCGCCUGAAGAAUCCUUCUAUCUAGGCUCCAAUGGUACCAGCUCCAUAAACUCACUAGGGGAGUAUCCACUGCCCACACCACCUGGCAGCAACCUUGCCCAGGCUCCAUUGCCCCCUCCGUCAGUGUUCAGCUCGCCCUCCAGUGGCAAAAACCCAGUCAUGAUUCUCAAUGAGCUCAGACCAGGCCUCAAAUAUGACUUUGUCUCAGAGAGCGGGGAGAGUCACGCCAAGAAUUUUGUGAUGUCAGUAACAGUGGAUGCACAGACGUUUGAAGGCUCAGGGCGCAACAAGAAGCUGGCUAAAGCCCGGGCAGCGCAAGCCGCCCUGUCAGCUCUCUUCAACAUGCAGCUAGACCAGACACCGUCCCGGCAACCCAUACCCAGCGAGGGAUUGCAGCUUCACCUACCGCAGGUUCUGGCUGAUGCCGUCUCUCGCCUGGUGGUGGAUAAGUUCAGUGAGCUGACAGAAAACUUCACAUCCCCUCAUGCACGACGGAAAGUCCUAGCGGGAGUCGUCAUGACAACAGGGACAGAUGUGAAGGAAGCGCAGGUCAUUUGUGUCUCCACAGGAACCAAAUGCAUCAACGGUGAGUACAUGAGUGACCGCGGCCUUGCGCUCAAUGACUGCCACGCUGAGAUCAUCGCCCGACGCUCGCUCAUCAGAUACCUCUACUCUCAGCUGGAGUUCUUCCUCAGCAACACCAAGGAGGACCACCAAAAUUCCAUAUUCAUGCACUGUGACAAGGAAGGCUACAGGUUAAAGGACAAUGUUCAGUUCCACCUCUACAUCAGCACCUCGCCCUGCGGAGACGCCAGGAUCUUCUCUCCGCACGAGGCCGGCGUCGAAGACCAAGGAGACAGACAUCCUAACCGAAAAGCGCGGGGACAGCUAAGGACCAAAAUCGAGUCGGGGGAAGGAACCAUCCCAGUGAGGUCGAGCAACACCAUCCAGACCUGGGACGGCGUGCUGCAAGGGGAGCGGUUACUCACGAUGUCAUGCAGUGACAAAAUCGCAAGAUGGAAUGUGAUGGGCCUCCAGGGCUCCUUGAUGAGCUACUUCUCAGAGCCAAUCUACUUCUCCAGCAUCAUCCUCGGCAGCCUUUACCACGCCGACCACCUCUCCCGGGCCAUGUACCAGCGCAUCGCAGAAAUCGAGGACCUGCCCCAGCAGUUCACUCUCAACAAGCCUUUACUCAGCGGAAUAAGCAACGCGGAGGCCAGGCAGCCAGGCAAGGCGCCAAACUUCAGCGUGAACUGGACAGUGGGAGACCAGGCCUUGGAGGUGAUCAACGCCACCACGGGCAAGGACGACAUGGGCCGUGCUUCACGUCUCUGCAAGCACGUCCUCUACAGCCGCUGGGUGCGCCUACACGCCAAGCUGUCCUCCAUGCUGCGGAUCAAGGUGCUCAAGCCCAGCUCGUACCACGAAGCCAAGCAGGCGGCCACAGAGUACCACUCUGCCAAGCAGGCCCUCAUCAAGGCCUUCCACAAGGCCGGCCUGGGGGCGUGGGUCAAAAAGCCCAUCGAGCAAGACCAGUUCACCCUCUGCUCCUGAGGGAGUCAAGGGACCAAGGGAUUCCAAACACCCCCUCCCCGAUCUUUGCCCCCCCAACCUGACCCAGGCCUGAAAGCAAGGGAGCCCCCUUAUUAACAGCCAGCCCACACAGACACUUACCUCCGUCCCACGUGUCAGCGCACGUGCACUUUGUACUUGUGGAAAAUCGACGGGCGUAGUUUCACAAGUCAUCCAUAGCUACUCAUCUCUCAUUCCUCCGGGGACUCGAGCCUCCACCACGUCUUCUCCAUUUUAUUUGUACGAUUUUUAACCGAUGGUGUUUUUUCAUCUGCUCAUUUUAUGUUUUUAAAACUGGAAAUCAUGGUUUUUACUCCGCUCAGUCUUUUUUUUUAUGUUUCCCUCAGAAGUCGUGUUUUACAAGUUGAAAAUUAUAAAGUCUUAUGUCUAUUUUCUUGCUCAGUGAUUGUAGCCAGCUUAGGGUGAAAUGUAGCCUAGAGACACAGGGUCUUUGUCAAGUAACACCAACGUUUAUGGACCUACAAAAAUGAAUUGCUCUAUAUGUAUACUUGCUAAAAAUUUAACUAACUUUAAUUUAAAGAUGCGUAAAAUCUUCAGGAUGUAAAUCUGAAAAGAAAGAAGUUAAAAAUAGUUAAACAAAACUCUUAAUGUGUGUUAUUUGGGUCCGUUGCUUAGAUGAGACUUCAUGUUGUGGGCCCCUGUAUUAAAGAAACUGAUGUUGAAAAGCU